UUUAGAAGAACUUCUCUUUAAGGUUUGUACUAAGUGGGAGGUGAGAAGGUUGUGAGGGUAUUGGUUGGCUUUGAAGAUGGCGAAAUACAACGAGAUAGCGAAGAAGAAGAGAGAGGCGAAAGCGGAUAGGAAGCGAGCUAUCCACGGAGAUCCACUCACCAAUAAAUUGAAGACCAGAGCUCCGGUUGUCUCCGUCUCCGGUAAACGUCAGAAGAAACUCCUUCGCAAAUGGCGCAGAGAGCAGAAAGAUAUGGUGGAGAAAGGUCUUGUUACCAUGGAGGAUGUUGAGAUGGCUUCUGCUGAAGCUGCAUCAGAAGACUCCAAGAAGCCCUCUAGAAAAUUUAGCGUGAAGAAGACAUUGAAGCUCAAUAAACUAAAGAACAAAGGCAACAAGAAGAAAAGUCAGAAAGCCGGUGGCCAAGUAUCCGCUGAUCAGAUGCUAGAAUGAUCAGAGUGAUUUUACAGGACUUCAUAUUUUUCUACUGCUCAAGUGUUUUUUUUCUUUCUAAUAUGUUGUAUUCUAGCGGGAAUGCUGAUUCGGUUCUUUUAUACAAGAAGUUUGUUGCAUUUAACAUUUGUAAUAUCACCAAUUUCAGUAUCCCAACCUUUUCUACCGA